AUGGACAUGAGUGGGAUGUCUGGAAUGUCUGGGAUGGAUAUGUCAAGCGCGAGCAUGUUUACGCCCACAAACAAGCUGGUUGCACACACCUACUGGUACAUUGUCGCUGCGGUUGUCGGUGUUCUUGUUGCCCAGAGAGCUAUCGAUCAAGUUCGAGUACGACUUCUGAAUCGAAAACGCCAGACACAGCCCGAGAGCAUCCUUUUACGACUCGGAAAUAUCUUUGCACAGUCGUACGAUACUCUGACAGCAAUUUGCCGAGAGAUGACCUAUCCGCAGAUAUGGACGGGUCAAGGAAAAUUCUCGAGACACCUCACACCACCACCUCUGGGGAGAAUUCUCCUUCUUUUGACAUACUGGGUGGUCAUCCUGACCAUGCUUUGGUCCAACACGAUCCUCACACCAUCAUCACCCAACUAUGCAUACAAAUGGGAGAUCAUCGGCUUCAGAGCCGCAUGGGUAUCCGUUACCCAGCUGCCCUUGAUAUAUAUUCUCUCCGGUAAAGGGAAUAUUAUCACCCUCCUAACCGGAAUCUCCUAUGAAAGACUUAAUUGGCUUCAUCGAUGGGUGUCCCGUACAAUGUUUCUCACACUCAUCGUCCACUGGUCAUACUUUUUCACCGAAUGGGACAUUGCCAAUUUUGUAAAAUUCGAAAUGGAUAUGAUGCCCAUGGUGAAAUACGGGUUCGGCGCCUGGGCAGUCAUCGGGUGGAUGGUAAUAACUGGCUUUGGCUUCAUUCGGUCUCUCUCCUACGAGCUGUGGCUCCUUCAGCACCUUGCGUCGGCAAUGGUGUUGCUGUGGCUAGUUUACUUGCACGUCCCAUCCUAUGCACAAUACAACGUUUGGUUUGCCGUCGGAAGCGUCGUAUUUGACAGACUCGUGAGGGGUUUAAAGAUGGCAGCAAGCAAUAUUGGCUUCAACAAAAGUGGCCUAAACACGCGCCUGAUUGGCUACGAAGCAGAGGUCAAAUGUGUCUCGUCGGGAUUCAUCCAGGUCAUUAUCAAACAUGCAAAGUUCAACUGGAAGGCUGGACAGCAUGUGUAUCUCUCAAUUCCUCGCAUUGGGAUCCUUGAGGCACAUCCUUUCACGAUUGCCAAUCUCUCGAAAUCUGGCUUCGGUGCUCAUGGGUCCAACGACCUAGAGCUCUAUAUCAAAGCUCAUGAUGGGUUUACGAAACGACUCCAUCGUCAUUGCCAAGAACUUACUACUCAUAAAUCCUUCUUCUCGUUUGUCAGCGGUCCCUGGGGAAAUCCUCCCUCGAUCGACCGGUUCGAGUCACUGAUUCUGUUAUCGACCGGGAAUGGGGCAUCUUUCACACUUCCGAUAUUUCAACAAGCAGCUAUGACAGAGAAUUCGAUACGACAAAUCCGCUUUAUCUGGAUUUUCCGCAAUACAGACCAGCUAGACUGGUUCAAGGAGAGAUUGAUAUCGACUUGGAAUUUUGCACAAAGUCGAAACGUCCAGGUAUCGAUACUUGUGUUCAUAACAGGGACUGGUCGCGACAGUAGCCUGUCUCAAUCUGGGAAGACGCCACUCCUCAACAAGCACUUGGAUUCACCAAUGCGAUCGAGCCACACCAACAUGGCAAGUUCUGCAUUGUUACAAGCUGCAGCGGGCUCCCACGAAUCACUGAACAAAGACCAGACAGAGGGGCUGGAUGGGCUUUCGCUUUCCACGCACUGGUCCGAUUCCCUCAGUGCUAUAACUCUGGGAUACGGUCGACCUGCUCUCGACCCCCUCAUUCUCCCGGUGGUCGAGGAAGCCUGGGGGGAAACGGGUAUUCUUGCCUGCGGAGGGGCCGCAUUUACGGGAUCGAUCAGGAACUAUGUAGCAAACCUGUCGGACGAGAGAGCCGUGCAUAAGGGCACGGGAGCCCAGGGAUUGUAUUUGUUCUGCGAGACGUACUGUUGGUAG